AUGAGCUUGGUCGUUCACUCGAGGCUGUUCCACUAUAGAUGCUACAAGAUUCCCAGCCAAACGCUGGUGACCCUGCAAAUGAGGCUUCAGGCGGAGGUCAGCCAACUCCGCCAUGGAAUACAAACUCUUGCGUCGCAAAACGACUUUAUGCGAGACGAGCUGGCACAAACUAGGACAGGCAUUGCCGGAGCAAUACAGACAUUGAGUACGUUGCAAAUGCAUAGAAAGGAGAUUGCAUCCGACAACGUCUGCGGCGGUCAACCAAAGCCUAUUAAUAGCUCAGUGAUAGUGAACGGGCUCAAGCCUGACUUAGUAGAGAGCGAUCGAGAUGGCUAG